GGAGCCAUGGUAGAGGCGGCUGGCGCUCUUCCUGGUUGUGGCACUCCAGCUGUGAGGGAACAGGCUCGGCAACAACCCUCGCUCUGCUCCGUGUGGGUCAGAGCGUUGGAGCCUGUGGGGCAGGAUGAGGUGCCUGCUCUGGGCUGCCUGCAGCCAGCUCCUGCCACGGGAAGCCAGGCUCUGCUCUCGCAAGCUGUCUGCAUCCGCUGCAGCAGCCGCCCCACACCAUGACCUGUGGUCUGUGGCUCUCCCAGAUGCCUCCAGCUCCUCUCCCAGCGCAUCCAUGGGGCUCCUCCGGCACGUGGGACGCGGGACCUCUUGCCGCUGGGGCUCGCAGUUCAACGUGCCCCCCAGUGCCCUGAUCGUGGCCCGGCCCGCAGGGAUCUGUUCCAUGAUGAAACUGCCUGUUCAGGCAUCGGCGGAGGGACUGGAUGCAGCUUUUGUUGGUGUCCCCAUGGAUACGGGCACAUCCAACCGGCCGGGAGCCAGGUUCGGUCCGCGCCAGAUCCGGGCCGAGUCGGCAAUGCUGAGGGUUUACAACAGCAGCACCGGGGCAGCACCUUUCGACUCCCUGCGGGUGGCUGACAUUGGGGAUGUGAACGUGAACCUCUACAACCUGCCCGACAGCUGCCGCCUCAUCCGAGAGUCCUUCCGGAAGAUAGUGGCCUCCGGCUGCGUGCCCCUCACCUUGGGUGGAGAUCACACCAUAACAUACCCCAUCUUGCAGGCUAUGACAGAAAAGCAUGGUCCCGUGGGACUGGUGCACGUGGAUGCUCACACUGACACUGGAGACAAAGCCCUGGGGGAGAAGAUCUACCAUGGGACCCCAUUCCGGCGCUGCGUGGAGGAAGGGCUGCUGGACUGCAGCCGGGUGGUCCAGAUCGGCAUCCGAGGCUCCUCCUAUGACCCUGAUCCUUACAAGUACUGCCGGGACCAGGGUUUCCGGGUGGUCCCGGUUGAAGAAUGCUGGAUGAAGUCCCUGGUGCCGCUGAUGGAGGAGGUGAGGAAGCAGAUGGGGGACAAGCCCGUGUACAUCAGUUUCGAUAUCGAUGGACUGGACCCUGCGUACGCCCCGGGCACCGGCACACCGGAGAUAGCCGGGCUCACACCUGCACAGGCGCUGGAGAUCAUUCGUGGCUGCAAAGGACUGCACAUAGUGGGAUGUGACCUGGUGGAAGUUGCACCCAUGUAUGACGUCUCCGGUAACACGGCCCUCCUGGGGGCAAACUUGCUGUUUGAGAUGCUGUGCGUUCUCCCUGGAGUGAAGACAAUGUGAGAGCAGCUCCUGUCUGCCUGGGAUGAUCGCAGCUUCCCAUGUCCUGUUCCCCUCGACUGGUUGCAGCACAUGCAGGCUUUGCAGUAAGGAAUAAAUGCCAUUUUCCACUAGAAAAGACAAUUUUAAGCUGAUAAACCGUAGGUUUUUGGGUUUGAACAGCCCAUUUUCACCCAGAAAGGGAGAAGAUGAUGCUAAGGGUGCUUCGCCUCUGCUUUCGCAGUGGCAAUUACUCACCUGGCUUACAGGGAUUCAUCGGAAAGCUGUCACGGUAAAAGGUUUAUGAUACAACAGCAGGACAAUGAACGCAGAGGGAGGGCAGCCAGAGUGGCCUGAAUUGCAGAACUGACUGAAAUUCCUGCUGGGAAUAACCAGGCAUCUCCUAUGGCAGAAGCGAUUUAAUUGCCCCCGGAAUUCCUGAGCUGACGCAAAGGGGUGAUCAGUUCGUACACGGAAACACAGAGCCACUUCAUCACACAUUAAAAUAGUUUAUUUUGGUUGCGAAUCUGUAAUUGUUUUAAACCAAAAUGACACCAGUGCCUGAUCACAAAUACAAAAAAAAAAAAAACCAAAACAAAACCAAAAUUAAAAAAAAAAAAAGACAAUUUGCCAAAUAAGUUAAUUCCCCCCCUGGCACCCAGUAUCAAAAGUGCAAAAUAUGAACCUAGCUUUCAGUCCUACUUCCCAACGGGCUCCUGGCAGCUGUCGGAGAACGGCAGGCAGCCACAGCUACUGCCGCCACGCUCGGGACAGGGAGGAAGUUUGGGACAACCAUUAUAUUCGAGGCCUGUAUCCCUUGGUUUCAGCUUCUGAGCGCUGUGCGAUUGCUCUGAUUUCACUUUGAACGGUGCCCUAGGACUGAAAUUCCUCAAUCUUUGGAUUACGAAUCACCACGUGCAUCACAAAUGUGUUUUGCUGAUGAUACGUUAGGAUACGGGUGGAGGGGGUGAUGGCUCGUGGCUGCUGGGAGAGGGCAGACGGAGCUCAGCCUCCAACAAGGAAGCAAACCCUCAGUGCUCCAUGACGGACACCAACUCUAACUGAACAAGGGAGUGAGAAGGGUUUGGCGGUUGCUUCAGCCCAGGAAAGGAGUUUUAACCAUAAAGCAGUGACACAGUCCUGUCCAGCCACAACCAGCAAGGUGGACUGCCACAAGCACCUCUUAAACAAAACACAGACUAAAAGAGGAGGUCACCAGUGCUAAAAAGGAAAUGAAAAGAGGAUUCCAGCAGGUGUGCAGCACAUGAACUGUAUUUUGAAGGCUAUAAAGCCUUACCUUCUUGCCUGGGGCAGAGCUGAGUUCCCUUGCUGCAGCACAACUAGGCACUUUAACGUCUCCAGGGUUGGCUCCUGGUUUCUAACCAGCUGAAGAGACAGCAGAGCCACAGAGUUUUGUUUUCUUUUGCUUUUGCAAACAUUUUAAAAGUCAUGUGAAGCCUUCCACUGGGCUACAACCUUAUCCUAGCCACAUCCUGCCUGGCAAGCUGCGGGAAAAGCACAAUAGUGCUAUAGCAAUUACUCCAGCCAACUGAACAUGAAGUAUAGCAGCACCAGGCCAGCAUCUUGUUCCCCCUCCUGCUCCACUUCAGCAGCAGGCAUGUGCCUCGGAGCUCUGUGACAGGGAGAAGACCUCGCCUUCCUUCCUUCCCUCUCCUCUAGUGCUUCACUGAUGUGUCACCUCAAGCUGGGAGGCCGCUGAGCUAUCAUUAAGUAGCCUCACAUAAGGUCAGUUGGUAGCAUCGUAGCCUUUAUUUGGAAGCACAUCAUACACGGUGUUUGGGAUCCCUGUGGUGGCCGAACACGCCAGCCUGCUCCUGGGGCGGGAGGGAUGCAGCAAGCCAAGGGUUUGGGAGCAACUAGGUCAGAUAGGCAGUUAAAUGACUUGAGCAUUCCCGGAUUCUGUGUGGGAUCAGCAGCUAGCUCAGAGAUUGGCAUAGUUAUUCCGACGAACUGUUGCUCCGCUAAAAUGGUGACUAUGGUGGCAAGGGCUGAAUAAGAUUUUAAUUAACAGGUUCAGAACCCCAAGGUGAAGGCCGCCCCGUGCUUUGGCGGCGUUGUAGCGCAGCAGCGACUCAGUACCAUGUCGGCUCAGGUCUGGGACAGAGCGGCUUGGAGAAGGCGCAGCAAGUGCCAGCCCGGGGGACAGCAGAAAGGGAGAACAAGCCCCACAGGAUUUCAGUCCUGGCUGUGAAGAGAAACCCUGCUGCUUUGCUUUAUCACUUGAGGAGUGGAAAGAAGCUGUGAGUGUGCUGCUCGCCUUCCCUCUGCUGCACAAAGGGCAGCCCUUUCCCUCACCGUGGCUGUUGGAGCAAAGCAUAAACUAAACUCUGUGCCUUAAGACCCUUCUAGCUUCACACUAUGAGUUCAAAAAAACCCAAGGCAGCAGCUUGCAAGUUGAGAAGCAAAGGUUUGUGGCAAGAAGGAAACAGGUAAGAGGCUGAAACCAAGCCUAAACCAAAAGGAGUUUCACACGUAAGCGACAGUCUCAGGAUACAGCACUUCUGGGGCAACAUUUCAAGAAUACAAUCCUCGCAGAAUUAGGUUCCUUGAUACAAAGAAAGAUUGGUUUGUACUA